AUGUCGAAGCCAGUGCGCCAGGACUACAUCGCCAAGGUCCGGUACCAGAACAGUCUUCCGCCACCGCCGCUCAACCCAAAGUUCCUCAAGUAUGGGCUUACGGAGCCGACUUCGCAAAAGCGGGAGGGGGAGCAGUUGAUGCUGUCGUUGUUCCGCAAAGAGAACUUCAAAACAUUCAUUGCCCAUCCGGAUGAAGAAUUUGGCAUGCAUUUGAAUCCUAUCAAUAACCCCGGUUACCUCGAUGAAGAUGACUCUCUGGCAAUCAGCGGAUCUCAGCAGAAAGAAGUGACCUUGCACGAUGACGAUCGGGAGCUUUUGCGUGACGCUGGUAUCUCCCAAAUGAACAAGAAAGAGUUGGAAGUGUCUUUCUUGCGGAGAACCGAAUACAUUUCGGAGAAGCUGACGUUACCUCAACUGGCAGCGUCCGACUUGAAGCAGAAGAACGAGGAAGACACCGACCCUGCCUCCCAAUUGCAAAUGAUCGAGGAGUCUUUCGACCGGGCUCACGAGACUUUGCACAAUUUGGAAAAGCUUCAUCAUCCUCGCCGCAAGCAAUUAAAGGCGAAGGCUACGUGGCCGUUGUUGCCAGACACCGCUCAAAGCGACUCGAAGUUUUUGAACGUCAAGUUCAUUGGGCUGGCCCUGAUCAUGCGAGAGUUGGGCAACAAGUAUGACGAGCACCGCAACCAGUUGGAGCUGGCGAUUUUCCGUCCCAUCACUCUGCCCGACGGGGAGUGGAUCUCUUUGUUCGAAGUUGAAGCUGACCAAGCGGACGACUUGAAGCUGCGGUUGCACCUGCAAGAAAAGGAGCAACCGGAACGGCUGGAUGAACACACCUACACGUUCAAGCAUCACAAGAACUACGACGUGAAGUUUACACCGGCGCAGCAGCAAAAUGAAGAGUUGGCGAUCAAGUUUGCCACCGCCGGCCCCAAAUCCACCAAGCGCAAAUGCGCGUAUUACUACCCCAUUAAGGGCCGCGUGGACUUGAAAAAGUACCGAGCGCUGACAAACACUGAAAUCAAUAAGUUUUUGGCCAAGCUGACUAUGGACCAAAUCAACUUUACGUUGCGGGAACCUUCAACGGACGAGUUGAAAAAAAUCGAUGCCGUACGCAGUGAGUACGACCCAAUGGAGUACGAAGCGGAAGACGAUGAGGAGGAUGACCUUAGCGAACAUCUUAACAAGGAAUAA